AUGACUGAUAGUGAAUUACAACAAGAAUUCUCUAAGUUUGGCCAAAUAGAGUAUGCGACUGUAGUCAAGGAUCGUAAUACGAAUGAAUCUAAAGGUUUUGGUUAUGUUAAAUUUAAAAAAGUAUCCAGUGCAGCAAAAGCAUUUGAAGAAUGCGAUAGGAAAUACAAAGCAGUGUUUGCAGAACCAAAGAAACCAAAACCUGAAAAUAUAGAUUCUAAAUACAAUAAUGGCUCUUCUAUGUCCUACGACAGUCUUGGUCAUGCUUCUGCAAAUUUUGGGAAAAGCAGCAUCAGUCUAGAUAUAGCUACAAAUUAUCCAAAUCCGGAAGGAUAUACUCAAUUACAAGUUAUUGCACAUCCAGCUUUAAAUCAAGACCAGUUGUGGAAAUUAUUUGAUAUAGUUCCUGGUAUGGAUUAUUGUCAUUUAAAAACAGAUGCGAGAUACAGAAUGCCAAGAGGGCAAGCCAUUGUGGUGUAUUCCAAUCCAAAUGCAGCAGCAUAUGCUAGGGAAAAAUUCCAUGGUUUCGAAUAUCCUCCAGGUCAUAGGAUGAUAGUUAAACCGGAUAAUAGUAAUAUGUCAUCCAAAGGUACAACAAAACCUAACUCUAAUGCAGCUGUACCAGCAAGAACAGAUUUAGCACAUUUGGCUGAAACUAUUGCUCAAGCUACAUCGUUGAUUCAAGCAGCAGGACUAACAGCACCAAGCUUAGAACAGACAAUGUGCAUUAAGUUACCUCCUCUGCAACCAAUGGCAAAUGUAGAUGCAGAGGUAGCUAAAAGGUGUUUCAUCGUAUGUGGUCCACCCGUACCACCUAUAUAUGCUAUGAAAGAUGCAUUCUGUAGGUUUGGUAAUUUGAUAGAUGUAUAUAUGCUUCCGGGAAAAAAUUGUGGUUAUGCCAAAUAUGCUACUGUUGCGAGUGCAGAUGAAGCGAUUGAGGUUCUACAUGGGCAAGAAAUUUGUGGUUCACGUCUUAAAGUAUUGGAGGCAGAGGAACGAAGCGUUGGGGAAGAUCGUAGAAAACGAUUAAGAGUUGACGAAGAUGAACGUUAA